AUGGCUGCCAUAUACAAACCUACAGAAGCGAUUGCUCUCCUCCGCCCAACAUUCCUAUUACCGCGUAUACAUGGCUCAAGUCGAAGGGCGCAUGUCGGGCGCAUCGCCUUCUCCACUACCCACCAUGCACAGGCUACACAAACCUCGACGAGCAGUCCGACUCCAAAACCGCAGAGGAAGUCUAUUUCAUUGACAGGCGACACGGGACAAGUCCGAUGGUCUGAUCUAUCACCGGGCGAAAAGGCAGUGCGGACAACCCAGCAGAGUUUCAACUUUGUGGUAGUCCUGGGUGGCGUAGGCUACUUUCUUUUCUCGGAUGUCUUCAGCCCCUCUUCCAAGACCGCUUACUUCAACCGCGCGACCACCCUCAUACGUCAGGACGCCCGAUGUCAGAAACUCCUCGGUCCCGGCGCUGAAAUUGCUGCAUUCGGUGAAGGAUCUUGGUCGCGAUGGGCGCGCAACCGCUAUCUCAGCAGCACUGAAGAGACGGACAAGUGGGGCACGGAACAUCUGCGCUUUAGGUUCUAUGUCGAAGGUCCACUGGGACAAGGCGUCGUCCAUGUGCAUUUGACCAAAAGACCAAGUCAGAAUGAUUACGACUACGAGACCCUCGCCGUCGACGUCAAGGGGCAUCAGAGGAUUGACCUCAUAGCCGGCAACAAAUCGAGCAGCGUCGCACCCAAAAUUUUCGGGGCGCGGUGGUGGUGA